GCAUGGCUCUCAGCUCCAGGGCCCACGCUUUCUCGGUGGAAGUCCUCGUGGGGAACUCUCCCAAGCGCAAGUUGCUGGAUCCGGACGAGGAACGGGCGGAGAAGGGAGCGGAGGGGCGCCUGCGGAAAAGCCAGGGACCAGAGAAGAAACCCAAAGGAGAAAUGUCUGCGGGGGUUUCGGAGGAAACCAGAGAAGCCCCCGGCGAGAUCCAGGUGGACUUGCAGGGGUCCGAACUCUGGAAGAGGUUUCACGAAAUCGGCACGGAGAUGAUCAUCACCAAAGCCGGCAGGAGAAUGUUUCCCUCGGUCAGAGUCAAGGUGAGAGGGCUGGAUCCGGUGAAACAAUAUUACAUCGCUAUCGACGUGGUGCCGGUCGACUCAAAAAGAUACAGGUACGUCUAUCACAGCUCCCAGUGGAUGGUGGCUGGGAACACAGACCACUCUUGCAUCACACCCCGGCUAUACAUUCACCCGGAUUCCCCUUGUUCCGGAGAGACCUGGAUGAGGCAGAUCAUCAGCUUCGAUCGGGUGAAGCUGACCAACAAUGAGAUGGACGACAAAGGGCAUAUUAUUCUGCAGUCCAUGCACAAAUACAAGCCCCGAGUUCACGUCAUCGUCCAGGAUUCCCGAUUUGAUUUGUCCCAGAUCCAGUCCUUACCAGCCGCUGGUGUUCAGACUUUCUCUUUUAAAGAAACAGAGUUCACGACUGUCACGGCUUAUCAAAACCAGCAGAUUACAAAACUGAAGAUAGAUCGGAAUCCCUUUGCUAAAGGAUUUAGAGACCCUGGAAGGAACAGAGGAGUAUUGGAUGGACUGCUGGAAUCAUAUCCGUGGAGACCGUCACUUACUCUGGACUUUAAAUCUUUUGGGGGAGAAACUCAAGGUGGAAGUCCUGGCUCUUCCCCUGUGACCCCCACCGCUGGCGCCCCCUCUCCUCUCAGCUCCCUGCUGUCCCCAGCCUGCUCUCCUCCUGCCUUCCACUUGUCUACAAGCAACCUUGGAAUGUCCUGUCCGGACUCUUACCUCCACCAUCUCGGCCUCCCCGUCUGCUACAAGCUCUGCCCGACGGGCCUUUUGAGGCAGCCGUCGCUGCUGUUCCCCGGCUACGACAAGCUGGGCCACGCGGCGACCCCUCCCCUGUUGCCCCAUUUCAUGGUGGACAUGCCCUCGCUGUCUUCCCUGAGCAUCCGGAACGUCAAAAGCGGCAAAGCAGAAGACUCGAACGGACACGGCCUGCACGGGCCCGCUUCUGCCAGUCACAUGUUCUACGGUUUGCACGCAUCUGGAAACGUUUUCCCCUCGACUCCCAUUACCCGGGAAGCGCUGAAUUGUGCUCUGCACCCGUCGUAUGGCUUCUACGGCUACAACUUGGCAGUCCCGUCCAGGCUGAUGAACGCGGCCGGCCAUUUCAAAGUGAACCACGGCCUCCCGUCCCCUCUGCGAGAGGGCAGGUGUGGCCACCCUCAUUGGCCCCCCGCGAUUAACCACUGCCUCUGAGGG